GGCUCCUGAGGGGUCCCGGAAUCCCCCGGUCUCGGUCCCUGAGGGGGUCGCGAUAGGCUGGGGGCCUCGACAUCCUCACCCCCCCUGGUGCCACCAAAUUAAUGGGAAGGAGGUAAUUUGGAUCAAGAAUCUACAAAAUUCAUGGGAAAGAGGUGACUGGAAUCGAGAAUUGUCUUGGGUUUCUUACAGGCUAUUCCAUGAAAUGGAGACUAAUAGAGGGCAGAGCACCUUGCAGCUGUUCCAAUGACAAAUACCACAGAUAAAGUAACAGUUCAGUUUCCCUGCAGAUUCUCACAUUUGGUUUACACAUCCUCCCUUCAGCUGGUAAUGGAUUUGAGACAGUUACGGAGUUUGUGAACCUUGAAUCUGAAGUCAUGUGAUGCAAUGUUCUAAGUUCAGUACAGAAGAGUCUGUUGGGCUGUGCCAAAGCCAAAAGACAACCUACAGCAAUUCUGAUCGUGGAAAGAUAUAGCAACCUUUGGGAUUAUUGCUUAGCAACUGCAAACACACAGAGGAGUAAAACUCACAGCCCAGCUCCACAGCAGGUCUGAGAAAUCCCUGAUUCACUUCAAGAUUUUUAAUGGUUGAGAACAGAUGGGCAUAUAUUAAAUCCCUGUUGAUUUGCAAAGCCACUUUGAAUGCAGGAGGAAUAAGAUCUAUUUUGAUACCUGCUCCAAAGUGAUGGAGGUAUAGCUGCUCAGCCAGAAGAAUCAGCCCAAUCUGCAGAUCUACAAGAUCCUGAGCUUGGCCAUAAGCACAGGACUACAACAGAGAUGGAAAGCAAUCAGGGGCGUGAUGAAGUGCCACGUCCUAGUAACUACAGUUCGUGGAAAGAGUGUUUUCAUGAAAAGGAACAACAAAGGUGUCUGAGUCUGCAGGAGACAAAGGUGAAGUUGGUUCAAGCACAAAAGGCAGAAGAAGCAAAGGUGAGGAGGAGAGAACCCGGGGACUGGCUGGCCAGAGAGUGGUACAAUGAGGAGAAGGAGACACUCAAUACUCGCAUCUAUUUGCUCGACAGCCUCCUCCCUACAUUAAUCCCAGGAGUAGAAAAUUUGUUAAUGGAAGUGGAAAGAAACCAUGUGCUUGUAUCAGACCAAGAACCAACCAGAUUUAACCCCAUUAAUUAUCUUGGAGAAUACCUGAUGAGGCAUAAUCCUCAGUAUAUUGUUCCUCCAAAACCAGGCCCAUACCUACGAGAAAUGAAGGUGGUCUCGGAGGAGCUCAAAUCUUUGAAGCAAGGUACAACAUCACAGAGGCUGGCCCAGAUGAGGGCUGAGGCAAAGAACAGACGUGAGGAAAGGGAGGAGAUGGAAAGACAGAGAGCUGAGGAGACAGCAAGGAGAAAGGAGGUGUUGACAGAUCUGUUCAAGGAGUGGAUAGUGGAUGGCAGAGACAGAAUCCCAGCAGCACUGGUUCAGAGUGUCAUGAGGUUUUUUCCAGAUGUCACUGAUGUUAUUCCUGAAGAUAUGAGAAAAGCAACCCAUGACAGGAUGCUGAAAAUCUUAAACAUGUCGGAAAAAACAGUAAGGCUAAAUGAGUUCACAAAGCUUGUCCUUUCCUACAUUGAAUAUGUUUCAAGUGACAAGUUCCAGGAAAUCAUGGAAUAUCUCCUCAAGUGUUUUGAGGACUUCCAAGAAGCAACAAAACAUGAUACAAGGAGGCAAAUUUUUACUGACCUCUUCCACAUUUGUGAUUAUCGAAAGGUUGGUGCCUUGGAUAGACAAAAAAUACUGGCCCUACUAAGAGACUUCUACGACAGAAGCCCUGUGACUGAUGAGGGGGAAUUUUGGAACCCCAGAGAAUGGCCAAUAAUUGAGCUGCAAGAUAUUAAUCUUAUGGAUUUCUGGGGAAGCCUUGGUGACCAGGAGGUUUGUGAGGAACUCAGUGAAAAUUUGGUCUUGUCUCAAACAGAAAUUUCUGAGGGAGAGAUUUUAGGAAAUGAACCUGUAGAUGAUGAUAGCCAAGGGACUGACAGAAUGAGCAGCAGUGUUGCAGAGGGAGUUGUUGAAGAAAUGGGCACAAGCGAAGCUGAAACUGGAGGAAUUUCCAAGGAGGAAAAUGAAGGAGCAGAGCCAAGUGGUGCUGAAGAGAGCAAGCAAGGCGAGGAUGCUGUGUCAGCAGUGGAAAGCACUGGCCUUGAAGCUACUGAUUUGGAUGGAGAUACCAUCCACAGUGAGAAAUCCUGUGAGGACACCGAAUCCCAUGAAGAUACCAAAACUGAGAGGGAAGCUGAGCCUGGAACAGUAGACGGACAGGAUGAAGCUCUCCCAGAAUCAGCCUCUGCUGGGAGCAUUGUCACUACAGAUGGAGAACCUGGAUCUGGAAAACCAGAGGAAUCCAUACUGGGCAGAGAGCCUGAGAUGGAAACAAAACCAGAAGGAGAUUGUACCUCAGCCAGAGAACCUGGAUCAGAAGAGCAAGUUAGUCAAGAGGACAGUGGAGUUACAGAGACAGCACCUGAAGCUACAACCACGGCCUCAGGAGACAGAGCCAUGAUGGACACGGAUGUCACCGAUUCCCAACAGGACGCUCCAGCUGCAGAGCCUGUGGAAGAAACACCUGCAAGCAAUGAGAGCCAGUCGGACCAACAGCCAACCUCAGAGACAAGACUGCAGGAUGAGGAGCUCUUGCAUGGCCAGGACUCAGGUCCCAGUGUGGCAGAGAUUCAGAACUCUAAGGAUUCUUGUACUAAGAGUUCCUUUGCUGCAAGCUGCCUCACCCUGCCACAGUUUGUACAGCUCAUGGACAAUUUCGUUGGUGAAGACAUUCCUCUGCCUACUGUGAAGAGGCUCGCUGCAUUUAUCAAAGGAGAAUACAAACAGACAAAAGAGGAAAAAAUGAAACAACUAGAAAAAGCUCACCACAUGGCCCACAUGGCCCAAAGGAAACAGCUUUUGGAGGCACUUUUUGAAAAGUGGGACAGCAAUGCAUGUGGGUCUCUGGACCUGGAAGAGGUGGUUGCUGUUCUGAGCACAUUCCAGGGAGACGUGGGAAAAGAGGCCUUGAUGAAAGCAAAGGAACAGCUUUGCUCCCAAUACCCACAGCUCAGUAGAGUGGGGAAGCUAUCCCCAAAGGCAUUCCAGACUCUCCUUGAGUUAAUUGCUUCCAAGUUCACUGGCAAUGAGGAUGAAACUAUUGAUAACUUGGUGAGAUUCCUGACCACAAGUGUGGAACAAAGUCACACCAAGAGCUUGCAAAGCUCAGCCAGGAGGAAAUGGCUGCAGGAUAUCCAGCAAGCGGCUGAGACCAGCGGAACAAGCAUGGAACCAGUGUACAAAGCAGUGAUUAAGGCUCUGACCCAGGACAUGGAAGCCCAUGGGGAUAACAAGAGGAUCAGUGCAUAUAUUGCCCUUUUGGAAGAGAACAAGCUCUCCCCAGAGCAGGGCCAGGCUGUCCUGCGCUACGUGGCCUGUACCGCAGAUGAUGCUCCCUAUGUCCUAAACCAAGUACUGCACAGAGACAUGAAAGGAGUCAGCUUUGCAGCCGUUGAUCAGGGAAAGCCAAUCUAUGUUCCAAGAGUUCAGCACCACGGAAACAUUCAUUUCUGGAACCCUGACCAAAAGGAGGAGAGGAAAGGUUCACUCUUGGUGCUGCCCCUGUAUGAUGCUCAUUGGAGAGUUUUUGGUAUUCUAGGACUUGACACUCUUCAGGACCAGAGUCAGAAGUCCAUCUUCCUGACCCAUGAGAUCACUUUCUAUGAGGGAGUUUGCCAUGCAUUCAGCAAAGCCUACCACCACAUCUGCAUGCGGGAAAACGUCCUUCAAGUGGCUGUCACUGCUCUGGACUGGUUGUAUCCCAGGACACCCAGCAUCCACACUGUCACAACCUAUCUGGUGACACCUGGCAAAGACAAGAACUAUGCUCUGUGCAGGGUGAUCACUACAGAUAACACAGGCCAAAAGGAAAUCCACAGCUCUCCUGUUGUUCUCCUCAGAAACGAAGACCUCCUCAGAGAUUACCUGUUCAAGUGUACAGACAGUUCAGAGGUCACUCUCACUUCUGUCUAUGGAGAACACCAUAUUGCAGUACCUCUUCAUGACCUAUCAAGAAAAACUCUUGGCAUAUUUGAUAUCAGCAUUGGACAGCACAAGAAAUUACCAUGCCGGGAACAGAAAGACCUGCAGAAAAUGCUGAAGAUGGCCCAAGCUGCCUGCUCGGAGAUCCUGCAGAGGUCUCUAGAGGAAACACAACCAACACAAGUGCUGGAGGCAGAACGAGCGGCAAAUGUGAGGCACGCAGGGAUUCUGUUCCACCGGUUCAUGCUGCAGGAGCUGCGUGAAUGUUUCCAGAAACUCAAUGCUGAGAGCUUUGCUGGAAUAAAGAGCUGUGCAGAACCCCCAGCUCUGGUACAUGAUGUAGUUAAGGCUGUGCUGCUGCUUUUGCAUCCAGACUGGAAGGGCUCAGAGGAGACUGAGAGCUGGAAUCAGUGUAAACUGAAACUUGAUGACAAUUUGAUUCAGGAGGUUUAUUGCUUUGAUCCAACUGCUUCAUCCGUGCAAGUUAAAGCAGAGCUGCUGCUGGACCUCAUCACUGGUGUCCCACAAGCAGCAGAGUGGCAGCAGAACUCUGCUCCAGCUGAAUACCUGUACCAGUGGCUUCACACCUGCCUGGCACUUGUGGAGAUCACAAAAAGCCAACGCACUGGAAAAAACCAUCCUUAGCCCCUUUUGGCAUCCAGUUCUUGUGUGCCUUUAAUUAAAUAUCUCAAUUUCUCAUCUAA